CCUUUCCGGACCUGGCCAAGAUGAAGGCGCCAUCAUGGGAGUUGACAUCCAACACAACAAGGACCAAAAGGUUGGCUGCAAAGAGCCCAAGAGACAGGAUAUCUACCUGAGGCUGUGGGUCAAGUUGUACAGGUUUCUAGCCAGAAGAACCAACUCCACCUUCAACCAGGUUGUGCUGAAGAGUUUGCUCAUGAGUCGCAGCAAUCGGCCACCCAUGUCCCUGUCCCGGAUGAUCCGGAAGAUGAAGCCUCCUGGCUUGGAAAACAAGGCAGCAGUGGUCGUGGGGACCAUAACAGACGACAUGCAGGUUCAGGAGGUGCCCAAACUGAAGGUAUGUACACUGCGUGUGAGCAACCAGGCUGCAGCCGCAUCCUCAAGGCAGGAGGCAAGAUCCUCGCCUUCGACCAGCUGGCCCUGGACUCCACCAAGGACCACGGCACCGUCCUGCUCUCUGCUCCUCACAAGGGCCGCGAGGUGUAUAGGCAUUUGGGCAAGGCCCCGGGAAUCCCCACAUAGCCACAACAAAUCCUACUCCGCUCCAAGGGCCAGAAAAGGAUCCCUGCCUCAAGCUAACAGAACGCUUUACCUCCUCUAUGUCCCCACAGACAUCGACUCAAAGACCUUGCCGGCUUUCUUCACAGGUUGUCUUGCAGGUGGCUAUUCUUUGAAUAUAAACCUUCAGAGUUUGCUUUCAACUGCCCCAGUGUUAGCAUUUUCAUCAUCCCACAAAGAAAGUAAGGGCUUGGUUUUGCCAGUCACCUUGGGGACAGCGCCAGCUCUGCGGCUGUCUCCCCACCCUGCCUACCCGAGUUUGCAGAGCCGGUUCCAGCAUGACCCAGACAGCUGA